AUGGAACCGCUGUACAGCUUACAAUCAGCGGACGAAAUCGUGAACCAAUGUUUGACAGAAAAGAGACAUUUAGAAAGAUCGUCCAAGCUCCUUGCUGAGCGAAAAGCUAAGUUGCAAGAACAAGUGGAGCAAACUGAGGCACAGCUACAAUCUCUGACUGACGAUUGCCAGUCCCUGACAGAUGAAAUAAAACUUCUGAGUCACAAGUUGGCUACUCAACACCAAUCAUACACCAGGAUUAAAGAAAUCUAUGAGAAGAAGAAAGCGCAUGCCGUCCAACUUAACACGACACUAAGUGACAAAUGUUCGACAAUGAAUGACGACAGGUUUGCCCAUUUCAAGGAAUUCAUGAACAUAUACCAUGAGCUGGUUGAUAGAUUUCUGCAUCCAUUUGCCCGAAAGAUCGCUGGAUCUGCAAUGGGUUCAGCACUGAGAGAAGAUGCAGAUGUGCCAGUUACCAAGUCGGAAGCUGACAUUACGCCUGAGCAGCCAGAAAUAAAGGAACAUGCUAAACUGAAUGAAAAAAUGGAGUUAGUCUGAAGCAGAUGAUGAAAACAGUCCUCUUUUGGUAGUCCUUGCCGUUGGGUAUUUUGCAUAUUACUGACCAUGCAUAUGGCCGAAGGGUCUGUUAGUCUUUUGUAGUUGGCUUUUGUUUAGGUAUAGAAGCUAAUGGUUCAAAUAAACGGUAUUCUAUUAA